CCAUUUUGGGCAUGCAUACUGCUUACCCAAUAACGAAGACUUAGCUCUAAAAUAAGAGUAUAACAAGAAAACUUGGAACGUGCAUCUCGUUUUCCCACAUUAACCUUUUUAUAAUUCCAUUUUCUCUUAUCAUUUCUUCUGAAACUGCAACUUUCUAUCAAUUUUUAUCAUCUUAUGAGGUACGAAUCUUCUCAAACUCAAUCAAGUUGACCUUUUCAAUUACUGGGAACUUGUUGGGGAACUAUACAGCAAGGUUAUCUAAAAUACGAGAAACUUGGUGAUAAAUGGCAGUUGGUUCCUUAAGACAUCAGUAUUCAAAGGGGAAAUUCAAUAUGUCGUCUUUUCGAAUACCUUGUAGAACAAUAUUAAAUCAUCCGUUUCUUGUGGUCUUGCUGUUAUCUCUAAUAUGUUUGCACCGGUAUUUCCCUUUCAUAUUUUAUCUAUUGAUUACUGCUUCACCUGUCUUUAUUUGUACUGCUAUUUUGCUGGGAACGUUGUUGAUCUAUGGACGACCAAAUGAAAACAAUGUAAAAUGGCACGGAGAGCAUAAUAAUAGAUCUGUGAGUCUAAGAACAGGGGUAGAGAAUCAUGCAUAUUCUGCUGAUAGAGAAGGGAUAUUUUCUAAAGAUAUUUUUGCUGAGGUCCGAAAAGACAUUGAAGGAAAAGGCAUGAGAUUAACGCCAGAGAUGUUGGGGUCGGAAACUAGAGUUAAUGGCAAAUUGGGCGAUGAAGUUAAAUGGGAAUUUUCCAAUUUAGACUUAAACAAGGGAACAACAUUCCGGGGGGAAAUGGGCAAGAAAGAUUAUGGUUUUGCGGACUUUGAAAAAGCGAAUUUUCUAAUGCGCGUGGAUCAUGAUUAUGAUAAAACGAACAAGGUACAUCAUGAUGAUGGUCUUCGGGAUCCAUUAGAAACUUCUAUCGGUAUACUAAAGCAUGAAGAUGAUGUUGUGAAUCAUGAUCUAUCAGAUUGUGAGUCAGAUGGCGCGGAGAAGUCUUCUUUUGAUGCUUUGGUUGCAGGUGUUAUUCCGGCUGCUCAGGAAACUCACCCACUUCUAGACGCUGAUGAUGCGUUGCAUCUUGACGCACCUCAAGAUGACAGCUUUAAGUUUGAGUUGCAAUCUCUUGAUUCAAACCAAAGUAGUGAGGAAUCAGGCGAGGAUGAACAUGAUAAUGAUGAUCAUGGUGAGGGUGAUGAUGUUUUAAAUGCUAAAGAUAGCGGGGAUAAUUUUACUAAUGCAUGGAUGGAAUUGGAGAAGAGUCAACAUUUGGAAAGCCUUAUUACUAGAUCAACUGAUGAGGGAGAAGAAGACGACGAAAUGGAAGAGGAAGAAGGUAUUGACGAUGAAGUCGAUGGUGAUGAUGACGAAGAUGAUGAUGAAGAUGAUGAAGAAGAGGAAAACGCAAAUUUGGAAAAGAUUGCUUGUAAACACGUUACAAUGUGGACAGAAGAGGAUGAGAAAAAUCUACGCCUUGUGGGAAAUUCCGAGCUAGAGAGGGAUUUACGUUUGGAGAAUCUUCUAGCAAGGAGAAGGGCGAAAAGGAACUUUUCAAUGAUUUCCGAGAGGAAUUUGAUCGACUUGGAUCGCCCUGUUCAUAGUCCUUUUCAAGUCGCACCAAUUUCAACCACGAGAAUUAACCCUUUUGACAGUCCUCAUGAUGCAAAUCAGCAGCACUUCAGUAGCGUUCCAUCUAUUCCUGGGUCUGCUCCUUCUGUGCAUCUGCCAAGGAAAAACCCUUUUGAUUCUCCAUGUACUUCUCCAAAAGGGAUACAAAAUCUCACCGAAGAUAUUCUUAAAGAGAAACCGUUGAAAAUGAACUCGAACAAUGCAGAUGCUUUCCAUGAAAAUGAAAGUUCAAGCACUGAAUAUAAUUUCAUGGGCAACAUUUUGAAACCGGACUUUGUAAAAUUGAACCGUAAGGAUCCUUUAUUUCGUCGUUAUGAAAGUUUCAGCACCGGAUAUAGUUCGACAGGAAAUCACUCUAGGCAGGCCAAUUUCAUAGAAUCAGAUCGAAGAGAUGCACUACUCUGCAGACAUGAAACUUUUAAUAUAAGAUCAGGAUUUCCCAACAAUUUUGGUCCACCGGAGAAGCUUUCGUCUAUAAAAAUGAAACCCGUUUUCGUUCCGGAACAAGUGGUCAGAAAUCAUGGAAUGAGACAUCUUUCUCCAGGAAGAGAAUCAAGCCAUGGCAGCGCCAGUGAGACAGAAUCAAGCCAUGACAGCGAGUCCACAGUAAGCACUUCCGACUCAAAUAAUGAGAAUAUAAAAACGGAAGAAGAUGCAGAACCACAGUUUGAGGAACACCAAGAUAAGGAUGAUAUUGCCGAAGGCGAUCAUGCUUCUAGCAAUUAUGAAGACAUGAGUUAUUCUUCCGAGGGGAUAAAUUCUCAAGAUAAAGAUGUUGAAGACGAGUUUGUAGAUAGUUUAGAAGCAAAUGCCGAACUAAAUGCAGACCAAAUUUAUCAGAAAGCAGAAGCCGGUCACGAGUACCAUGAUAAUACUGCACUGAGCAGCAGUUCAGUUGCAUCAGAAGCGAGUCAUAGUUCAGAGAUAAUCAAGGAGGCUGCACUUUCUCCUAAAGCUUCUUCAACGGUAUCUGAUGCCAUCACGGAGCCACCAAUUUUUGAUACGAGCCCUUCAGGUGCUGACAAAAUUACGCCCUUUACUCCUUCGCUUAAUUAAGAAGUUUGAUUACAAUUACAAUUUACAAGUAGGAUAGUUCUAAUAAUCAUUUCGUAGAUAGAGCGAAGAUAGAGAGAUAUCAUACUCCAUACAUGAAUUUAGUGAUGAUACAGUAUUUUUUUUUAAAGAUGGUAGAAUAUCAUUUUGGUGAUUUUUCCUUUCCUUUUCUUAUGCUUCGCAAUUUGGAUUAGUUUAUUAGAAUUCCGACUCUGAUCUACGAUUCUAUGACUAUAC